GGUAUUGUCGACGCUGGAGCGAAGAAGAAAGCGAGGGGAAGAUAAGAAGACGACGAGCUGAUGUGGUGAAGUAGUGAAAUGGUGAAGUGGAACAGAGCGGUGCCCUUUCCUCUUCCGACCGCUGCCUUUGCAACUCAGAAGCCGAUACAAAGGUAACUAAAUAUGAUUGCCGACAGGGUUUAUAGAUUAGAGAGAACACAAAAAUAUAAUAUAUAUAUCAUUGAGCCGUAUAUCAUAACAUAAAACCCGUGGCUUCCAGACACCAUUAUACAUCAACCUGAAAACACCAUCCUUUCCGACCCAUUACGUGCAAAAGAUGACUAUAGACAAAACGAACCCAAUAACCAAGAUGAACAGAAAAAGUAGGCAAAUGGUCAGUGGAAGUCAUUCCCCAAGACCGCUACUUCAUAUCCGCAGGAGUCAAUGCCUGGACAAUACUCGUUCCUUCACUGAACCUCGUCCGGAAGAUCCGGUUCGCGUUCUGGAACAUGCCAUCCUUCAGGGAAACGAUGAUGAACUGCGAUCCCUUGAAACGGGUCUUGAUCAAACGACCGAUGUUCUGUGUGUGAGACAGAUCAAGCGCAGCAUCGACUUCAUCCAGAAUGUACAUCGGUGCGGGUUUGAAUUGCAGCAGAGCCAUGAUCAGCGAGAGGGCGAUCAGGGACCUAGUGAUUCGUUAGCUGUGCACAGUAGCGAGAGGAGGGAUGGAGGAAACAUACCGUUGACCACCACUCAGCUCAGUCAGACUUUGCUUCCACACCUUACCCAGACUGACUUUAACUUCCAGACCAUCGGUGAUAUCCUUGCCCUCCGGAGGAUCCAGCUUCGCAAAACUGCCGGGCAGAAGCUCCGAGAAGAUCUGACCAAAGUCGGCAUUGACCUUAACCCAGGUCUUGUGAAGAGCCUCCUUCUUGUAUUCAUUCAAGUUAAUGAUUGUCUCUUCGAUCUUGCGCUUGUCGCGGAUCACGGUCUUCAUCAUGUUCUUCAAAGCAGCUUCCUUCUUCUCAACGCUGUCAAUCAUGUUCAUGACCUUCGGGUUGAUCUUCUUCUUCAUCCCCUGGAAACGUUCGGUAACGUUGCGCAGCGUCGACUUGCAUUCCGCAAUGUUCUGGUUCUUGAAGUCAUAAACAGUAUUGGAGCGUCCGAAAUUGUCCUUUUCGUCAGCAAUCCACUCAUGCUCUGAUUCCAUAUGAGCAACGGCCUGAGCGGCAGCAUGCUGAUCUUUCUGCAGCUUCUCAAGCUGGUGCCCAAGCUUCUGCAUCUCAAGACCCUCUUCGGUAAUC